AUUCACAUGUGACUCUCUCAUCACUCAUCUCUCAUCUCUCAUCUCUCAUCUUUCAUCUUUCAUCUCUAAGGAGAGAGGAAUUUCAAUCAUACAACCAAGAUAAGAAGCCUUAGUUGUGGUCUCACUGGUGCCCUCUUAACGAUCUCAAAGGCAACUCCAAGGUUUUCUACCUUUGAGCCUUUGUGACUAAUAAAGACCAUGGGUUGCAUAAGUUCUAAAAGGGCAAGAACGAGAUUUCACUAUACUGCUCAACCAAACGUGGCCUAUGUUACCUCACGUCCAACUCACAGCUCUGGUGGUCAACCUUCAGAGUCAGAAAGAAUGUCUGAGAACAAUUUCAACAACAUAGAUGAGGUUACGAGAGCCUUAGCACUUAAUGGCCUAGAAACUGCAAAUCUUAUUGUUGGCAUUGAUUUCACUAGGUCCAAUAACUGGACAGGUGGAACGUCAUUUCAAGGGAGAAGCUUGCAUCAUAUUGGUGAUGAACAGAACCCUUAUGAACAAGCAAUAUCAAUUAUUGGAAGGACAUUAUCUGGCUUUCACGACAAUAACUUAAUUCCUUGUUUUGGAUUUGGAGAUGCUUCAACUCUUGACCGAGACAUCUUUAGUUUCUAUCCAGAUAAAAGACUUUGCAAUGGAUUUGAGGAAGUGCUGACACGUUAUAAAGAAUUAGUCCCUCAUCUAAAACUUUCCGGGCAAACAUCAUUUGCUCCCAUCAUUGAAAUGGCCAUCACUAUUGCUGAGCAAAGUGACCGCCAAUACUAUGUUUUAUUAAUAAUAGCAGAUGGACCGGUGACAGGAGAUGCAAGACUUUCGAGGCAAAGCCCACAGGUAGAGGAAACUAUUAACGCUAUUGUGAAAGCAAGAGAACAUCCAUUGUCAAUAAUUGUAGUUGGGGUUGGAGAUGGACCAUGGGACAUGAUGAAGAACUUUCUUAAUGACGUUCUUGUUCACGACUCUUUCAAAUUCCAGUUUGUGAAUUUUACAGAAAUUAUGUCAAAGAGUAUGGACAUAUCCAAGAAAGAAGCAGCAUUUGCUGUAGCGGCCUUGAGGGGAAUACCAUCACAAUAUAAAUCAACAUUAAAUCUUAAACCGCGGUUUUACAUGAACAUCAUAAGUAGUUCUGGAGUCGUCACUAGGCUGGGGGCUAUAGACAGGGUUCCUCUGCCCCCUCCACCCAUAUCAGAGCAUCCACAGCCUAGUAGUUGUCGCCCAGGUAAACCUGAUUUCGAUGGACAUAAUGUAACUGCUGAGACAAGUCAGUCUGCAAGUUCUACUUCAGAUGACAAUGUUUGCUCAAUCUGCUUCAUUAAUCCAAAGAAUAUGGCAUUUGGUUGCGGACAUCAGACUUGCGGCAAUUGUGAGGAAAAUCUUCAAUUAUGUCCAAUCUGUCAAAGCACCAUCCAAACCCGGAUAAAACUCUAUUGAAGUGUCAUCUAAUGCAGCGGAACCAUUGCUCAUCACAUCUUGUGCUAUGUACAUAUUUUCACUUUUAGAUUCAUGUGAGAUAUUUGUUUGUGCACUAUAUCUUUGGUAUUGAUGAGCUGUGUAAAUUUGUAAUCAACUUUCGAGUGCAGUCAUGUGAGACAUUUGUUUGUGCACUAUAUAUCUCUUUUCUAUUGAUGAGUUGUAUAAAUUUGUUUGUAGGAUCAUAAGUUCUGUACUGGCUGAAAUCGCGGCAUCGACUUCUUUGUGUUGUUUUGAUUCUGUUUGAACGAUGUUUUAUCUGCA